AUGAAGAAAGAACCGGGUGGAGCAGAAAAAUUAAAAAAGAAGAAUCGAAGAGAAGCACUCGUGAAAUCUCUAGAGAAUGGUAUAUUCAGGUAUUUCAAAAAAUCUGAAACUUUUGAUGAAUCUGUAGGAAAUAAUGAUAGAGGAGAAGGAAAUGAUCAUGUCAAAGAUGAUGGAGUGGAUGAGAAUAUAGCUGAUUUUCAGAGAGAAGAAAUAGUUGUUGAGACAGAGAAUGUGAAUGUAGUGAAUGAGGAGGGAUUGAAUGAGAAACAAGAGGAUAAGACUAAAGAUGAAAAGGGUGAGGGUCUGAGGGAGAAUUUGGGAUUCGUGGAUAUGUAUGAUCCUGGAAACUGGAAAGGCAUAAAGAAAGGAUGGAAUGAAUGGAGAGAUUUUAUGGUUGUACAAGGUCCGACACAAAGAUUGCCAAUGGAUUUUCAUUUUCCAAAAGAUGAGUCGAGGCUGGAGAAAAAUCAGACCAUUGAUAAAUAUGCUCAAGAUGAAAUGAAGAAAGAUAGAAUUCAUUGGAGACAAGUUUUGCUUAGGAUAAUUUCUGUGGUUAAAACUCUUGCUAAACAGAAUCUAGCAUUUUGUGGGAGCAAUGGAAAGAUUGGAGAUGAUAAUAAUGGAAAUUUCUUAAGUUUCAUUGAGAUGCUUGCUGAUUUUGAUCCGGUGAUGAUAGAACAUCUUAGAAGAUAUAAAGAUGGUGAAACUCAUUGUCAUUAUCUCAGCAACAACAUUCAAAAUGAGUUGAUAGCUUUGUUAGCUAAUGAGAAAGACUUUUUCUUGACAUUUUUGAAAGUUGAUGAUACAUCUGGAGAAGGACUUUUCUGUGAGCUUCAAGAUGUCUUGGCUGUUUUUGGGUUAAAAAUUGAUGAUGCUAGGGGUCAAGGUUAUGAUAAUGGCUCGACCAUGAAGGGAAAACAUAAAGGAGUGCAGAAAAGGUUACUUGAGAUCAAUCCAAGGGUGUUUUACACACCUUGUGGUUGCCACAGUCUUAAUCUUGCACUUUGUGAUAUGGCAAACACUUCUCCAAAGGCAGUAUCAUUUUUUGGAAUCAUUCAGCGAAUUUCUUGUUUCUUUACAUCUUCAAACAAGCGAUUGAAAAUAUUUGAGGAUAAGGUGGGAGGUCUAACACUUAAGUCUUUGUCACAUACUCGAUGGGAGAGUCAUGUUGAAAGUGUUAAGGCAAUAUGCUUUCAAGCUCCCAAAAUCAUGGAUGCUUUAGUUUACAUUGCUGAGAAUAGUGAUGAUCCGAAAGAACAAAGUGAAGCUUAA